AUGUCUCAAAUCUUUAGUUUCUCUGGUGAGAAUGAUUUUUGCCGUCGUGGAGCAAUAUACCCAAAUCCCAAAGAAGCUAAUCUUUUGCUGUCCUUUGGUAGUCUCGUUGAUUGCUACUUCCCUCCUUGUAAGAGAUCACGCGUUGUCGCGCCUUCUUCUCCCUUCAGUGCCUUCGAGGACAAGCCAGUCUCUAUUGAUUUUCUCCCUGAAGAGUGUCUCUUUGAGAUCUUCAGGCGUUUGUCUGGACCACAAGAGAGGAGUGCUUGCGCUUCUGUCUCAAAACACUGGCUUAUGCUUGUAACUAGCAUCAGGCAAAACGAGAUCGAUGUCGUUCCUUCGAACAAAAUCGAAGAAGAUGGUGAUGAUUUUGAAGGAUGUUUAUCUAGGAGCUUAGAUGGGAAGAAGGCAACAGAUGUUAGACUAGCUUCGAUCGCUGUUGGAACCGCUGCUCGUGGAGGGCUUGGGAAGCUUUCUAUCCGAGGAAACGAUUCUUCGAGCAAGGUUUCAGAUGUCGGUCUUAGGUCGAUUGGUCGGAGCUGCGCUUCUCUCGGGUCUCUUUCGCUUUUGAACCUCUCUACUGUUACUGACAAUGGUCUCUUGGAGAUCGCUGAAGGUUGUUCUAAACUCGAGAAGCUUGAACUUAACCGUUGCUCUUCAAUCACGGACAAGGGUCUUGUAGCGAUUGCUAAGAGCUGCGAGAACUUGACUGAGCUGACAUUGGAGGCUUGUUCAAGAAUCGGAGAUGAAGGUCUGCAAGCUAUUGCAAGAUCCUGCUCCAAGCUGAAGUCAGUUUCGAUCAAGAACUGUCCUCUUGUUAGAGAUCAAGGAAUCGCCGCUCUAUUGUCUAACACCACGUGUUCCUUGACGAAACUUAAGCUUCGGAUGUUGAAUGUUACUGAUGUGUCUCUUGCUGUUGUUGGUCAUUACGGUUUGUCCGUGACUGAUCUUUCCCUCUCUGGAUUGUCGUAUGUGAGCGAGAAGGGCUUCUGGGUCAUGGGAAAUGGCGUGGGACUACAAAAGCUAAACUCUUUAACCAUCACAGCUUGCAACGGAGUGACUGAUACCGGUCUUGAAUCUGUCGGAAAAGGUUGUCCGAACAUGAAGAAGGCGAUGAUCAGUAAAUCCCCGUUGCUAUCAGACAACGGUUUGGUCGCUUUCGCUAAAGCUUCUGUAUCGUUGGAGAGUCUUUAUCUUGAAGAGUGCCACAGAGUCACCCAAUUUGGGUUUUUUGGUUCUCUUUUGAACUGUGGUACAAAGCUGAAGUCUUUCUCUCUGGUGAACUGUUUCGGCAUUAGAGAUCUAACCACGGGACUGCCUACUUCUGCUUCGACUCAUUGCUCUGCUCUGCGAUCUCUCUCUGUUCGUAACUGCCCUGGCUUCGGUGAUUCGAAUCUCGCAGCUCUCGGGAAGCUUUGCCCUGAGCUCGAGGAUAUCGAGCUUUUUGCUCUCAAGGGAGUAACAGAGUCUGGCUUUCUACAUCUAGUGCAAAACUCUCUUGUGAAGGUGAACUUCAGUGGCUGUUCAAAUUUGACAGAUACAGUGGUCUCUGAGAUCUCUGCUCAUAACGGUUGGACUCUUGAGGUCUUAAACGUCGACGGAUGCACCAAGAUCACCGACGCAAGCCUUGUCUCGAUCGCAGAGAACUGCGAGAUUCUGAGCGAUUUGGAUGUUUCGAAAUGCUCGAUCUCGGAUUCCGGAAUUCAAGCUUUGGCUUCCUCUGAUAAGCUCAGGAUCCAGAUCCUAUCCAUGGCAGGUUGCUCUAUGGUCACAGACAAGAGCAUACCAGCUCUUGUGAGGUUAGGGUCGACUCUAUUGGGAUUAAACCUCCAACAAUGCCGAUCUCUCUCUUAUUCCACUGUCGAUUUCUUAGUCGAACGGCUCUACAAAUGCGACAUCCUCUCCUGA